AUGGAUAACAGUGGUGUCCAGUCUCAGAGGAGUAUCUCUUCGAUUAGCACGUCAACACAAACCCACGAUAUCCAUGGGGGUGUCAGCACGAGCAAUGCUUCCGAGUUUGUGAAUCAUGGUAAGUCGGAGGUAACUUUCAGUGUUCAUUUGGAUUGUGCUGUGUGAAAGCAAACGUGUGAAUUAGGCUGUUGGCCGACAGUAUUUGUAUUUACACUGAUGAUAAAAGAGCUCUUCUCUCACUCUAAUAUCCUUCCUUGGGGUGUUUUCUGUAUAUAUAUAGAUAUAUUUCAGGAUAGUAGUGGAAAUGUAUUGUCUAAAUGAUGUCAGGGAGAAAAUUAUGGUUUAAGCAUUAAAAAUAUGUAGUUAGGUUGAGAUGUAGAUGGAAAUAAUCACGGUGAAGUUGAAAAUGGUUUCUCACUUAGAUUAUUCGCGCACUCGCUUUCAAUGUCGAACAGAAAAAAUAUCAUUUAAACUUUAAACUAUACUGCGGAGGGACCGCCUCCUUCUUUCAGCAUAUGUUCCGGUGUUUUUCAUGCACUCUGUUGAAAAUUGGAAACAGAAAACCUACCUGAACUCUGAACAUGCUAUGUUUAUUGGAAGAAGUUUAAUGAUUAUGUACAUCCCCUUCUACCUUGACGAGGACAACUCAAAACAAAAUGUCUGAAAGAUUUAUGAUUGCUAUUUGUGUAAUUAUUUGUUCCCAAUUUUAUUGCGCAGGCGUUCUUCUGUGGAAUCAAACAAGGCGGCAGUGGAUAGGAAAUAAAAGGCCGGAGAAGGGCGCGCAGACUAUUCGAGAACCUGGAUUAAGGUAGGGCCGUUUCCAUGAUACUUGCUUGCAUGGGAAAUGCGAGAGCGAAAUAGAAGAGGAUUAUAAAAGUCAAGGUUCUCUUUCCGCACCUUUUCCCUCUGGCGCUAUUGUUUGCAGGCAAUCAAUUUUUUUUCUUCUUGCAUGCAAGUCUCUGCUACGUUGUUUUCGAUCUACACUUGUGGGCAUAUAUGUAUAACAGAAAUCUGCUUUUCUGCGCACGCAUAGGACUCUUUUCCAAUCUCGUUUUCUUUUUUGUUAAGCAGAUGGUCUCUUCUAGCUUAUGCAAAACCUGUUGUCUGUGCACCGUCUCGGCAUCGGAUGUAGACUGAGAGAUGUUAGAAAAUAGGUUGAUCAUGCCUCUGUCGGAUCUUGCUAGGAAGAGUGUUUUUGAUGGUACAGAAGUGCCACUGAUCCCCUGCUUCGAUGGUAACCUUCCAGCCACCCAGCCGAUGGGUCUUGGGUGCCUCUGCCGCAUUAUCCCUGAGCAGGACAGUUUCGAUGAUCGGAUUCUUUCGACACAUGAUCGUUUUUACUCUCUUAUUUUGUUUUGGAAGCAUGUAUAAUGAAUGCUCAGCGUAGCAAGUUUUUUCCUCUUUCUCUUCUCAACCGAUCAGUUGUGUAGGCUCUCUUGGUGUCUGUCGUACAUACAUAUAUGUACACGGAUGCAUAUUUUUUGUUCGAAGGGGUCAACGCAUCUUCCUUGCGAUCACAGCAAGGGAACGAAACGAAUUUCAUGGACGUCGGGCAUAUGAUGAUAAUAACUUGCUUUCUUGAUUUUCUGGCUCCCCAUUACAUGAACAGACGGUUUGGUUUGCUCUCGGACGGAUGAUGAUGGGCUGACCCGUUGCCUCCUCUUGCAGCUGGAAUGCAACCUACGAUAGUCUGCUGGGGAGUAGCAAGCCGUUCCCUCGUUCUGUGCCCCUCUCCGUACGUCAUCUCCCGCGUCCCCUCCUCUCUUCUUCAGCAGGGCUGUUGCCUCCUCUCAUAUGGCAUAUUGCUUCUUCUCCUCUUCUGCUUUGCUUGCAGGAGAUGGUGGACUUCCUCGUGGACGUCUGGGAGCAGGAGGGCAUGUACGACUGA